CCUUGCACAGAGCAAGAUGUACUUACUAACCAUCUGCUUGCAUGGCAUGGGUUAACUGAGCCUGUGGGAUUGUGCUUACCUAAACAAAACCACUGCAGUGAGGGGAAAAACAAUGAAUGGGUGGAGAUGAUCAGCCCAUGCAUUCCAGCGAGUGCAGUCCAGGCAGCAAUGACAGCCUGAAGGUUGCAGCAGCAGCGGGAUCUGCAUUCCAAGUGCUCACAUCUCACCGUCUGGAGCGAUUUGACGUGGAGCUGCUCUUCAUUUGCUGAGCCAUGGCCAGUAACCAGGCCAGCCUGCAGGACGAUCAGAGCAGGCACUGCAAGUUCUUGUCCUAUAUGUUCUACCAGGCUGUAAGAGAUCACAAGCCUGUUUGGAUGCUGGAAGACAUGAGAACUAUGGAGUAUUUUUACUGGGAGGAAAAUGCCAGCCUAAGAACAUACUCACCUUCAGAAGCCCUUCUCUAUGCAGUGGUGCAUAAUCACCUGCCUUAUGCUCAGUAUCUGCUGUCUCAUUUUCCAGAGGAGGCUCUCAAGGUGCCUGGGGAACACUUCUGCUACUGCCCAUCCUCUGCCCCUCACUUGGCCAUGGCAGUCACAUAUGACAGGAGAGAUAUCUUGGGGCUGAUCAUCAAAAUUGCACACAAGCUCCCCAGCUUGAACUCCUACAUCAACAGAACCGGCUGCUUUCAUCUAGAAGAUGGGAAGACCCCCCUGCAUCUUGCCUGUGAACUGCUGAGGUCAGAGACGGUCCUCAUCCUCCUGGGGAAUGGAGCUUCUCCCAGGAUAGAGGACAGCAAAGGGCUUACCCCGCUGGACGUCAUCCUGGAGCAGAUGUGGGACUCCAAAGUCAAUGUGGCAUCAAAGAAACUCUGCCUUGACUACCUCUUGCUAUUCAUGCCCAACCCACAGUUUAAGAUGCGGAAAGUUCUGCAGGAUCAUCCAGACCACUGGACAGCUUUGCUGGGGGAAGACAAAUUCAACAGCCUGGUGGGGAACACACCUGCUUCUUUAUAUCUGCAAGCUAUGCAAACUAUUCUCCAGACUCUGCCCCCCUCCCAUUUUCCUAAAAGCAUCCAGGAACUACCUAUACCUCAGGCACUAAAGCCCUUACCAUCCUAUGGCAAAAAGCUACCGACAAAAAAUGUGGUAAAUGUUUUUCCUUGACUUUAUUCGCUGGGUCUUGGAUUUUCAAAGCCAACCUAGGGGAGCUGGUCAUCCACCACCCUUUGAUUUCCAUGUGAUUUUAGUACUUACCCUGUUAGGCUAUGCUGGAAAAUCCAGUCUUUUGUGACAAGAUUUUAAAUGUUUUUCUAUCUGAUUGCAGGCACGGCACUUUUAAAGGAAAAACCUUUCUUGUUUUUUGUUUUGUUGUGCAUGUGAAGGGUUAACCGUAGUUGAGACUGCAUUAGGUUUGGUUUUUUUUAACUGUCAACUGGUAUCAGUGUAUCUGAAUUCCCAAUGUGAUAACUGUAUCCUGUGUAAAGUACCUGGGUGAAAGGAACUACUUGCCCAGUGGGAUUUGCAAAAGGUGUAACUAUGGGACUGUGUUCUGCUAGAGCUAGGAUAAAUACCAUACUGUACCAACAGGGUUGAAAUGUCAGGUUUCCUUUCUAACAAUGAUCCAGUAUCAUCUAGUAAUAACCAAAAAGUCCAUGGCUGUUACUGCAGAGACAUAGAGCCAGUCCUGCAGAGUACGUGAUUUUAAUGAGUUACUUUACAGUGAGUCAUAGUGUAGCGUGUGUAAGUGCAGAGAAGGGCAGGCAGCGUAUAUUCUUGCAGGGGAAUAAUGACAGGCAAAAGAGCUACCAGAAAGCCUCCCCUGUCUCACCUGGGAGUGAGAGGGUUAAAGGCAAUCCUGGCCCUGAUGCCUCCAUAGAAUUGUGCAAUGGGGAGGGACCCAUUUUCCCUGCUGUCCAGUAGAAAAAUGCAAAUCAGAGCAGGGCCAAUGGAAGCCCUGUCUUUCAUAAGUGACAUUAUUUACCCUUGACUUAUGUUUUAGGGGUGAACAUAUCUCCAAAAGACAUCGCUCACUAACUUGACUUGCCCCUUGGUCUCAGAGCCACCUGCACCUACUGGUUAUCUUCAGCUAGGGUAUGAUGUUCUGCUGUUAGAAUUUGUCAUUUGUUGUUGAUUGAGUAUUUUUGCCUCCUGGGUCCAGACAGAGGGUCCGAUCCCAGAAAAUACAAAUAGCUCCCAUCGCCUGCCCCAGGGUGCGUUUGCUGCUUUCUGGGACCAGGCUCUCCUAACAGGGCUGGGGCUGCCCAGCUCUCCAGGGAGCUCUGUGUUCACUGGUUGGGCAGGGUCCUGUCUGAGCAAGGCACAGGUCUUGCUCUCCCAGGCAUGCUCAGCGCCACUGCAGCAGCAGCCGUAUUGUUUCCUCCUGGCUCCCUUUGGGGGACAUGUUUUAUUUCGGACCCAAAUGUAAGCAUGACCCUCUGCUCUGCUGAGGUAGGGUAACCCAUUUCCACGUAUCCGGACUGAGCAGCGGUAAAUAGCUCGCUCAUCUCUUGAAAUAUAUUUGGAGCAAAAGGCCAAGGGGCACUAGCCCCUUUUCGCGAGGCUCUGGGUAAGAGGGGAUGUGCACCAGGGACUGUGUGCGCACAUCACACUGAACGGGGGAAUCGCUCCACAGGAAAAUGGCUAGUGUCUCAUCUGGCUGACCCUUUGCUUGUGCCAAGGCAGCUGUGCUGGAGCUGUAUGCUUUUACAUCGGCACUGGCAGCACUUCUCUGCCUCUUUGUGCACCGGGUACCUGUGGCUGCGGCCAGGCGGAGCUUUCCUGCAGGGCUGUGCAACGUGCUGGGUACAGCCAGGGGCCACAUCCUCACGCAGAUACCAGUCAGCCAAGUGGGACGGUCCUCCCGGAUGCCCCUUCCCACACACCGUGGGAGCGCCUCAGUGCCAGUGCCGCCGGGCGCUGCUCUACAUGGAGAUGCAGACUCACUCCCAUCCCCCUGGAGAUGGAGAAAAAGCCAGCCCAGCCCUGAGAGUGUGAGCAGGCCAGAAAAGGGUUAAUCUUCUUUAACUCACACCUCCCUGGUGGCGCACUGCCCUUCUACCCAACCUCUGGAGGCUUGCAUUUCUUUCCCCAUCCCCUGCAUUUCUUUACCUAUCUCCAUCUCUGCCUUCCUGUGUGACAGCGGAGGGCGUGAAUGGUGGGGGAGAAAUGCAAGGGCAAACCUCAGGCGAGGGUUUUGCAGAGAGGCUGUCUGCACAGCAGCCUCUGCGGCACGCACCGGCAGUCGGCGGCAGUCCGAGGCUGUCACAGCUUCCGAAGCAAGGCAGAGCCCAAGGCAGAUUUACAUAGUAAGCAGCAGCUGAGCUGCUUCUGUUGAGCUUGCAGGCUCCCCAGCCAUCACAUCUCCUUGCCCCUCAGCAGCAUGGAGAUGGAGGCAGGGGACUAAGCCAGCACUCGCUGCCCACAGCUCAUGAGGCAGGAGAGCAGAGCGGCUACGCUGCCCCCGUGGCGCCCCGAGGAGCAGGACUGGGCUUGUUCCCAGCAGCAAUGCGGUAUCUCAUGGGGAUGGUGCUGAGCGAGAGGCAGAGGAGGCUGGCGAGGGAUAUUAUUAGCAUGGUAAUUAGGUGCUGGGAGCAGAUAUUCCAAGGAAAGAGGGCAAGGAAUUCAUCAGCCGUCAUCGCGCUGGCUCGCUACCAUGAGGGUUUCCACGCUAUAACGAAUUGCAGAAACAACAGGAGGGAGGGGAAAGCUGUUCAGAUCACAAAGCAGCGGAGGCAGGUAGGGACUCUUGGCAUUGCUGAGGUGGCACUUUACAAUAAGUCAGGGGGAUGUGCCCAGAGGGCCAGAGCAACCCACUGGGAGCAAGUGGGUCUAAAAUGGUGCCAUGAUCACUUGUUGACUGUAAGAGUUGGGGAUCAUUGCAAAGGUCAGUGUUUAGGCUCCCAGGCUAUUCAGGUGGCUUUGUAGAAGGCAGCAGGAUAUAUCAUGUGCUCGCGUUCCUCCGUGCAUGAGGUUACUCUACCUACUGGCCAGCGCGGAGGAUAAGAGAUCCACUCUCAGCAAGUGCUCAAAAAGCUCAUAUUCUGGGGCGUAUCUGUGCUUGUGAUCACCGCCUGGAAGAAAGCUGCUGGCUGGUUGUUGGCCAACAUGCAAAACCGAUGGUGUUCUCGACCCACUUUGCAAUAGGCAACUAGCCACACUGGAAAAAGCACUCCAGAUGCCUACCCUUUCUCCUUUUACUGUCCAUUUUAGCAGGAGACCAAGCACUAGAUGGGCCUUGGCCACUAAGCUACCAUCUGACUUCAACAUAUGGUCCUGCUGGGCCAGAGUUUAGGGGCAUUAGCGUUGUGGUGCUUCUGUUACAGAACGUCUCUUCCCAUCACCUGUGGUGACACCAGUGUGGGGUGAGGUUUCCUUCUGCCGGAGCAGAGAGAAUCUGUUACCUGAACCUGGUUUACUUGUCUUGCAGUGACCUGCUGUUAGUUGGGGAUCCCAUUUGUCUUCCUGCCCACUACAGUGACGUUACAUCAGAUGCAGCCAAAUCUACCUCAGCUCUGUCGUGGUUGAUUUUUUUCAUUCUUUUCAAGCCAGGUCAUUAGCAAAAAUAAAUUCUAAAUGUUUUCCACAGUUCCUGCAAUCUGACAGUCCAUAGUCUUGAAAAAUCCCUACACUUGCAUGACAAAGAUGUUUGUGACUUUGUUACUUAAAAAGGGUGCUAGGUGCCGUGUAGUGAUGUUUACAUUUGGCAUAAAAUCAUACUGCUUAAGUGUAGUUAAGAUCUUUAUUUCUGAACUUGGGAAAAAGAAUAAAAGUGAGAGAGAAAAGGAAGGGGAUAGCUUGUGUUAAUCUUUGGAUUACAGGUUAGCUCUGCAGGUUACACUUUUUAUUGCAGUUUCAAAGAGUAGCACUGUAAAGAUCUGACAGGUGUGAGAGUGUGUGUGUGUUACUUCAGUUCUGAUGAGCAACCUUUCAGUGAGCACUGUGAGUGACUUUGUGUGAGUGUGCGUGUGUGUGUGUGUUUGGGCGCACGUAUGCACACGUAUGUCUGUGCCUGUCUGUCUGUAUGUCUGCCCUCUCCUGGCAAAACUCCUAACUGAUUUACAAUACUUGUAUGCUACAGUGAUCAAUGCCUUAAGAAAGCAGCCUUUCAGUGAAAUAAGUCUGUGUCCCAAGCAGCAUGCUGCAAACAGGUAAGGACAUGUUUUCUGUUGCAAAAAGGCAGCAGCUUUGCUCUUGGAACGGGUGUUUUAUCCCUGAACACCACGCGCAAGGGCUUCCGCAUGCCAACAGCCACAGUCAGCCAGCCAAGAAUUUGUGAUAGUGGCCACAGGUCAUUCUUGAAUCAAUUUUUUUUGAAGUAAAAUCUAUUAAACAUACAUCCUCAUCUUUCUUUUCUCCUAGUACUUAAAUGUGAAAGUAGACGUCUGCUUUUGGGCUGCCAGCAAAAUUCAGCCACCUGUGACUUGCUAACCCUAUGCUUCUGUUUCUGCAGCUCCAUUAGCGGGAAAGACGUGCUAGAUUCAGGUCCCAGUUACAUCUCUUUACACCUGAAGUAACGCUUUUUAAGUCAGUUGCACCACUCCAGGUAUUUGCUGUACAAGAAAAAACAGAAACUCGCUCUAUUUGUGCACUUAUUUUCUUCAAGGUUCCAUAACUCUGACUUCAGCAUAUAAAUAAAUGUGAUGCUUAAUCCCUGAACACUUUUUUACAUUGUUGGUAUUUUGAAUGUAUACAGAUAUAUAUUUUCCGUCCUUCUAACACUGAUGGGCAUUUCCCUACUACCAGUUUCCUUGGCUUUUGGGGGGUUCAGCGUGACAGUGACAGAUGCUGUUGUUCACUGAUUAAGACUGAAUGGUGCCAUGCCCAAGUACAAAUGAAUGUUCAUUGUAUGAUAUGACUUUCUUAUAAAGCCAUACUUUUUAAAUUUAGGUUUCUCUUUUUUUAGGAAAAGAAAUUCUUCCAUAUAAUCAUGUUUGUACAUUACUUGCUGCAUGAUUAAAGAGAAAAAGAUUGCAACAUGUACUGGGAAUAAAAUAUAUAUAGAUACCCUGAUACAAAUAUAUUAAC